CAAAUUCUUUUUGCCGAUAUGCCGAUAGUGAUGCGUGAGUGGUGUCACAUUCUUUUCUGCUUCACAUUUGGAUCUCUGGGUCGCCUCUCAGAUGGUUACUCUCUUCAUUGUUUCAUAGUCCAGAGCUUAAAGCAGCUGAAUUUUUCUGCAGAUAUGUAUAUGGGAAUGAGAUCUUGAAUGGUUAUUCCUCUCUACUUAGCACCGACACUUGAUUUGGGAUCAAGUUUUUCUUGCUGGAGCAGUGGGUGCUUGCUUUCACAGGAAAAUUAAUGUUUUGUUUGCUUUCUUUGAUCAUUUGAUGACUUCAACGCGAUGUCUGAAAGACUAACUGGAGAAGAAUCUCUUGAACGGGAUUUUGAGUCGUUGAGUGUGUCGAAACGUCUGGUCAGAAGUGUUAGCCAGAAGUUGAAAAAGAAGAACCAUAGAGUUGAGGGAGAGGACAGUGCUAGGGGUGUUUCCCUAAAUUGCCUUAUAAGUCUUUAUGGAAGAGGUGGGGGUUGUAAAGUAGGUGCUGACACUGGUGAUGAUCUCGGGAGUCAGCAAGGAAGAAGGCAUUCAAGUUCGAGCGAUGAAGGCAAAGGGUAUGUGCCGGUAUGUGGAAACGAGGAAGCCUCAGUGGAUUGUUUCUCUUAUGGAAUGAGGGAGAAGCUCUGGAGGAGGAGUAACCGAAAGGCUUUACAGGUUGAAGAAGGCGUACAAAAUAGGAGUGUGAAUGUCUUUCUACCUGAUGACAUUCUGGAAAUGUGCUUGGUGAGGCUUCCGCUUGUCAGCCUGAUGAACGCUCGGCUCGUGUGCAAAAAAUGGAAAAACUUGAGUGCGACGCCCAGGUUCUGGAAGAUGAGACAAGAAGGUAUGUUUCAGAGCCCGUGGUUGUUUCUGUUUGGUGUCGUCAAAAAUGGCUAUUGCUCUGCUGAAAUACACGCACUGGAUGUCUCGUUCAACAAAUGGCACAAAAUAGAUGCAGAAAUACUCAGAGGAAGAUUUCUAUUCUCGGUUGCCAGUGUUCGAGAUGAUGUAUACAUCGUUGGAGGUUGUUCAAGCUUGACCAACUUUGGCAAGGUUGAUAAGAGCUCUUACAAGAUGCACAAAAGCGUGCUGGUGUUUAGCCCUUUAACUCGAUCGUGGCGUAAAGCAGCCUCCUUGAAACACGCAAGAUCCUCACCUGUGCUUGGGAUCUUCGAGGUCACUUCUGAUUGCCUAAUUAUUAAAAACCAACAGCAUAGAUCAGAAAAACGGUUCUACAGGUCAAGGGUCGGUGGUAUAUCCGAUGUCUAUGAAGAUCCUCACAGGCUUUCAGUCAGACGACAAUUUGGACACUCUCUUGAUGAGAACCCCUCGGUGAAGCCAUACAAGUUUAUCAGACAAAAAAGUGAACGAUUUAAUAAAGAUCAUAGACGGUUCAUACUGAUUGCUGUAGGUGGUCUCGGAUGCUGGGAUGAGCCUUUAGAUUCGGGGGAAAUUUAUGAUUCUGUGUCAAAUAAAUGGACAGAAAUCCCGAGGUUGCCUGUUGAGUUUGGGGUUGCCUGUUCCGGUGUUGUCUGUAAAGGGUUGUUUUAUGUUUACUCUGAAACAGAUAAGCUUGCAGCAUUCGACAUAGAAAGAGGCUACUGGAUUGGAAUCAGGACGAGUCCAUCCCCUCCCCGAGUUCACGAGUACCAUCCAAAACUCAUUUCCUGCAAUGGUCGGCUUUUCAUGCUCUCGGUCUCCUGGUGCGAGGGAGAUGGCCAAAUAGGCAGGAGAAACAAAGCCGUUAGGAAGCUAUGGGAGCUCGAUCUCAUGUAUCUUACCUGGACAGAAGUCUGCAUUCAUCCCGACGCCCCCAUGGAUUGGAAUGCCACAUUUGCCUCUGAUAAAAAUCUCAUCUUUGGAGUUGAGAUGUUCAAAAUAUUCGGGCAGGUCCUCGACUUCUCCACUGUAUGCCGCGUUUCUGACACAGACACAAACUGGAAACACGUCUCGAGGAAUCAGGUGGCUCACGAGCUCGAUCCAACUUCGUGCGCAACAAAAUCCAUGGCGGUUCUGCAUUUGUGAUGAAGCCACUUCAUCAUUUCACCAACAAACACACACAUAUAUAUAUAUAUGCUUUUCUCUUCAGAAAUCUCGAACCAAGAACCUGCCAUGGCUUCUGUAAGAUCCUCCCCUGAUUUAAUUCUUCUUCUCGUCUUAGUUUGUACCCAGCCAUGUUUGUGUUAACUUAUUAGCAUUUACAUUCUUUGAUGAUGGUGAUGUAUGAUCCUCCUGUAUUUGUUUCUCCAUGGAAGGAAUAAUUUACACAGUUUUUUGGUUUCA